AUGGAGAGAUCUCUACAACUGGCCAAUAGGUCUGAUGACCAGGAUUUUAUUCUACUGGGUUUGUCUGCCAGUAAAGACAUUAAGGACGGCCUGUUUGUUAUAUUUCUGACUCUCUACCUGCUAAUCUUCCUAGAGAAUAUGUUAGUUAUCUACCUCAUCAGCAGUCACCAUGAGUUGCUCCACAAACCCAUGUACUUCUUCUUGGGCAAUCUCAGCUGCCUGGAAAUGUGCUAUGUGUCAGUCACCAUGCCCACCCUCCUCGUGGGCCUGAGGUCCAGCCCUUACCAUGUGUCCUUCUCAUUCUGCAUGGCUCAACUGUUUUUAUUCAUGUCUUUCAUUGGCACCAAGUGCACCCUCCUGGCCUCCAUGGCCUAUGACCGCUAUGUGGCCAUCUGCUGUCCACUGCACUACUCAGUGAUCAUGAGGCCCCAGGUAUGUUGGGGAUUGGCCUUGUCCUCCUGGGUGGGUGGACUGUUGGUUUCUGCGAUCAAGACCACAUGCAUUGCCAAUCUGUCCUACUGUGGUCCCAAUGUCCUCAACCAUUUCUUCUGUGAUGUCUCCCCUCUGCUCAAUUUGUCCUGUACCCAUGUGGCCCUUACAGAGCUGAUCGACUUUAUCUCAGCCAUCAUCAUCUUCUGUGGGUCAUUGCUGGUUGCUCUGGCCUCUUAUGUGGCUAUUGGUAGGGUGUUGAUCAAAAUGCCUUCAGCAGCUGCAAGCCACAAAGCCCUCUCCACCUGUGCCUCCCACCUCCUUGUAAUGGGUCUUUUUUACUCUGUUGUCCUCUUUAUGUAUUCCAGGCCCAGUCAUGUCAAAUCCACAGACCUCAACAAGGUGCUGUCAGUCAUCUACACGGUGGCUACACCCAUGUGCAGCCCAAUCAUCUACUGUUUGAGGAAUAGGGAGGUCCAUGCAGUGUUGAGGAGAACCCCUUGUCUGUGCUGA